AUGCCUGUGCAGUUCCAGGCCAGCGAGGACUCGGCUUCGCUGGAUGACAGGGACAGUUUGACGCCCGACUCUGUAGAUAACGCUAUCCAGGCUCCAGUCGAGCCCGAAGCCGAUGGUUUCAACACGGACGAGAACUCCUCUGAAGGGAUCGACCAGAUCCAUGACGAUAUGCCUCACGACGCGGAAUCAAGUAGCCAGCGUGGCGAUGGCAAUGGCUGGCAAAUGGUUGGGAAUAACGAUUCAGCGUCUACGACUGAGGCUCAAGAUGACAGUUUUCCAUCGUCAUCCAAAGACUGGAUGACGGCAGUCCCCAAGUCUUUCCUGUCACCUUCCAUGUUAAUUCAAGACGAGCUGGAUACGCUUGAAAGCAUUCAUGUGCAGAACCAGCUACCAGAGUGGACGAACGUUAUCGGCACAACUUCCUGCCAGGUAGAAGCGGCAAACACCUCAAUCAAGGCCACCCUUGCCAGACCAUCUCCAGGACGAGGUACUGCAGAGGGAAGGGGGCAAAUGGUGGCCCUCGCGAUUGACCUUGGCCUAUUUCUGUUCUAG